UUCUGGUUGUGGUGCUACUGCAAGCCGUGGCGUAUGGGACCGCUGCUGGCGUGUUUCUAAGUUAUGUACCGGACCCCGCUACAAAUGUAGUUCCUAAUGAGCCUCCAAAAACAUACUUUCAUUAUGUGGUAGAUAUCGACAGCAGUACACAGCCAACACUGAUCCGCAUCAAGCAAGGACCGUACGUGGUGGUGAAGGUAUCUAACUUGGAGUUCUGUACGGUAAUAUGGAGCAACAAGCAUUUAUUGAGGCGUGUACCAGCAAGACGGGCAAUAAAAGACUUUUGCAGAUCGAUACGCCAGUCAGGAAAAGAGAUGGCAACUGCCACGGAAGUGACGUCCGUACUUGACGUCACCGCUACUGGCGAGUCUGGUAAAGCAUUGCGUGCCGAAGAGAGACUGGCGGAACGACAGCACCCCUCUGCUGAAGCACUGAACCUGAAGAAACUCACAGAAUGGUGCAAGCAUCGGAUGCAUAUAGACAACAAACUGGUUCGAGUAUAUUUAUCAGAUAUCUGCAGCAACUUGAGUAAAACAGACCUCAAAUCGAUUCGCGUCUUGAAUCGGCGAUGUACAUCAGAAGAAGACGACAAAAGGCGCCCACAACUCUACCUGCCAAAUCAUUUGGACCCGUCACGGCAGUACCCGUAACGACAGAUACUACAACUGAUCCCACAACUGAAGGAGAAACGGACGUAACGUCGAAAGGAGCCUACGCUUCACAGCCAGCAGUAAGCGGCGUGGAGCCAAAGAUGGGCGGGGCGUCCAAUUAUUCUCACAUAGACCUUACCAUAGAAAUAUGCCAGAACUUGCACAUAUUAGAUAUUCCACAGCCAGCAAGACGUGUGACGGGUAUCUUCCGCAGACUUCAGGAUCGUACAGGUA